AAAAGCGAAUCUGUGAAAAUAUAAAGGCAUCAGUUGCUUUUUGGAAAUUGAUUUAAACGAAGAUCAUUUUGAAAAGUGUUAGGCGAAAGCCGAAAAUGAAGAACAUGAAAGGAAGUAUUUCGAUUUUAAUAAUAACACUUUGUGGGCUAGCCAAUUCAGAAACAACUGAUGAGAAUGGGUGUAAAGUUAUAAAUCAAGUCUCCGAAGAUGUCGGUUAUUUAAAGAAGGACAUUAACACUGCCAACAAUUUUGUGGAGUUAUUGGACAUAUACACUGAAAGGCAAACUGUUGUUUUGCUGGAGUUGCAGCAAACAAAAUCCAAUGACGUAGUUUGUGAACAGUUGUCAUUACAUAUCAAUGACACUUUGCUGCAAUGCAAUGAUUUCGAAGACAGCAUUCUAGCCAAAUUGAAGGUGAUUCAUGAAGAGCAGGACCAUAGCCUUAAUAAAAUGGCAGAAAUUAAAGAAAAAAUCAUGAAUUUCCCACAAGCAUAUCUCCAACAAGUCAUGGAGAAAAUGUUGGCAGAGAUCACUGUAAAGAUUGCCAAUCUCGAAAAUCAGUUGACAGAUUUGGAGCAUUUCGAUCAAAGGCAAGCUGCAUUAAUUAAGGAUCCUUUGAAGAUUUUGGAGGAUAUCAACAAAAAAUUGCAACAAGGUCAGGAUAAAUUUAAACAUUUAGAAAAAAUCUUACUUAGUGCCCAUAAUUUAGCGAAUCUUUUGAAGGAGUUGUCCGGGUGAGGCAUUAUCGAAAGAGUUUGUUAAUAAAUUUUUUUAAAGAAAGCAAGCAAGUA